CUUUCUUUCUUUUUCUUUCCUGGGCCUGGAGGCCGACAACGUCGUGUGUCAGGACGUGUGACGCGUACCCGUACACCUUUUUCUCUGCGCUCUGCGCGGCGAUCCCUUGACCUCCACCGCACGGAACGCCAGCGUCGACACCGCAUCGCCAUUUUCUUUUCUCCCGUGUCGUCGACGCCAUGAACUGACCUUGAGCGCCUUUGCUGUAGUCCCUGCGCGGCGCCCGCCCUGCCGCAGCUCGCCCAAUAAUCCACCGUUUUGCUCGUACGGCCACUUUCACAAGACUUAUCACCCCAACGUUUGCGCAGCCGCACUGUUGACCCUUCGUCCGCACAAGCUCGGAGGGAGAAGGACAUGACUGCCUCCACGACGCUUUUCACUCGUCUCCACGCUUCACAGGCAGAGCAGAGGGAAAGAAGAAGGUGCCGUUGCAGCUGCAACACCACGUGCUGAGCGGCCAACAUGUUUGCGAAGUUGAGACCUGCACAUCGCCGCGGCGGUUCUACGCCGACGUCGCCAUCGCCGAACCAGAUCCCCUCCGGCUUCCUUCCGCUGCCACCAGGAUCAAGUCACGGUCCCGCGAGUCCCAAUUCGAUAGAGGACUUCCUGCACGGCUUCAAGUCUCCGGAUUCGCUGGCCAGCACCGGAGCACCACCACCACAGCCCGUCUCUUCGGACUCGCCAAUCUCGCCGAUGCCGCCCUCGCUGCCUCCCAUACCAAGAGUCGCGAGUGUAUAUGAAAAGCAAGAUGGUGAGGAGACGUCACAGGGCCUCGGGUUGGGAUUGCAGCAAACGGAGCUGCAGCGCGUGCAGACAACGGAGAGUCUUGACUCGCAAAGCUCUGGGAGCCCUAUCUUGGGGGACCAGAUGUUCAGCCCUGCCAGAUUCGGCGGUCAGGAGCAGCAGGAAUGGCGAUCUGGAACAGCAAGUGAGAGUGGGCCGCAGUACAGACCGCAGCAGCAGCCGCAGGCGACGGCGCCACCACCACCACCACCACCACCACCACCAAGGAAAGACGUCACCAGCAAAGCGGAGUUCAGGAGUAUCUUGCAGGGCAAGCACCUCCCUCCGCUGCCAAACAGCGCGAAUGCUCCUCGAAAGCCUCACGAGGUCAUUUCACCGCCUCCAGUGCCCCUCUCCGAGGAUGCCCAUCAAGUUUAUGCGCGGACGCCUGCCACGGCACCUGGUAAUCAGUCACGGCAGAGCUUGAACCCGAACACGACCAAAGUCAGCGAUAAGAUGGGAAAACCCAAGACCAGGCUGUUGAAUCCCAUGUCUCUUCUUCUCCGCCGACGCAAUGGGCAAGUGCUCGACCAUCUGUCGGAGGAAUCGCUUGUCUCGCACCGCUCUGCUAAUGUCAUUUCUCCUUCGCUGCUUCCAGAUGACUACGAUCCCAGCAUACGCGGUAAGGUCGUCCAUGACUUCAGCGCGCCACGACCGCGACGGAACUUCACCAACCAGAAUGUGCCGGAGGCAGCAGAAAGGGAGCGACGAGAGUCGGCUUCAAGAGAAGGACGAGAUCCACAGUCGAGGAAGCUGAGCGACGACUUACGACAGCAACACACCCCCGUUUUUAAAGAGCAUUUCGAAGACGACGUAGACCAGCAGAAAAAGGAAUCGGCUAUCCGCGCAGAGCACCUCGCGAACAAGGAUUUUGUCAAGCGCAAUUCCUUCCAGCCGCUCGACGAAACGGAGAAUACAGCCGCGCUGCCUCCUUUUGCCCGUGUAGGCCAAAAGACAGUGUAUAGACCCGAAGAAGCGGCGUUACCAUCUCCUCCUCCCCCUCCAGUGCCUGCGAAAGAUGGUGAUGUGCAACUACCCACCCGGCAGACUCUGCCUCUAUCGCCGCUCAUGGAAGAUCCCGUUGCUCAGCAUGACUCAGACGCAACACCAAAGCGAACCAGUAACGUUAGUACCGUCCGCCAAUCGACCCUGAAAUCUCAACGUUCACCACCCUCCGCUCGCUCGAGUCGCAUCUCGCGUGCCAGUUCUGGAACGGGCGGCGAUUUCACACCUAACGGUCUUCCCGCGCACAUGUUGUCGCGAGCAUCCCGAUUCAGCUUCCAAUAUGGGAACACGGACUCGGCAGCGCAAGAACGUAUGCUUGAGGAGAAACACCGGGAGAAAGUGGCGAAGGCUCAAGCGGAGCGGAAGCACGAAAGCUACGAUGGUGAGGACGAUGACUACGACUACGACGACAUGGACUUUGAUGGCAUGGAAGAUGAUGUGCCGAUGAAUGGAGAGGAUUGGGACUAUGGAGGAGGCGGGCUGGGCAUCGGGAAUAUGACGCUGGAAGAUAUGAACGCCAACCAGGGGCUUAGCAACAUGUCACUCGACGACUUCAAUAGCGGCUACGACGACGAGGACUCUGCAGGUGAUGGCGGUGGUCUGGGACAUAUGACGCUCGAUGAUAUGCCUAGUACGACGGGUGGUGGUCUUGCACAUAUGACACUUGAUAGCAUGCAAGCCGCUGCUCCAAAGCAACCUGCAUACAACCCAUUACGUGACAAUCCAGUCGGAGCCGCACAAAGCGGCGCCAAUUACGAUAGUGGAACAAAUGGAGCAGACAAAGAAUCAGUUGACACCGCCAACAACCCGUCGGCGGCUGAGACGUUGAACAAAUCUGCGGAACCAAACACCACACAGCCUGCAAGUGAACUGCAGAAGGUCUCAAAUGUGGACAGCUUCAUCGAGCAAGACGACUUUUACUUCGACAAUGGAGAGUUUGCAGACGAGCUUCUGAAUGAGGUCAACGAAGACGCCCAAGCUUUCGAUGAAAGCGUUUUUGACGAUCCAAACCAUCCAUUGUACGACAGAAAGCAGCCAACGCAAGCACCCCCAAUACCUAGAAUGAGUUCCAAGAGGGUGCAUAACACGAUGCGAGGGCGAAAACCUCGGUCGCGACCUCCGUCCGAACCAUUGCCGCAGCACCCUGAUCCGGAUGCUCCUCUUGACGUAGUCACCGCGUACCACAGUGCACUUGCUAUGGCUGCGAACAAAGCGGCAGCUUCUGGCCGUUUCGAUAGGGCAAACAGUGUCGACAGCAGCGAUGGCUCGUCCCCAGUAACUUAUCAUGGCGGUCCUGUACAAUUGGGCGCCGACAAGCAGUCGCCAAACAAUUCGACGCAUCCAGAUCUGACACCAGAUGUCGCAAGACUCAGUCAAGAGUCCUCGACUCUUUCUCCACCCACGGCACGCGCAUCCGGAGGCGACGAAUUCAACUCUUUAAGCAAGGCAGUCGGUUUCAUGCUCCCAGGUGCGGGGACCUACGACGAUCCCUUCUCUUCAGACUUUGACUACUCGGACUACGACUCCACUUUUGAAGAUGACCCGAUGAUUGCAGCUGCAAAUGCCGAAGCGCUUGAAAACGACGUUGAAGGCUUGUACGGGUCCGAGUUCGGAUUCUACGCAAGGCCCGGUGCGUCCGACAAUGGAGAUGGUAGUGCAGACUGCAUCUACGGUGGUUACUUCGGGCCCAAGAACUGGGGUGAGGUGAAGAGGCAGAGAUCUACAAGAGAGCCGAAUCUCACACCCAUAACCGAGCGCUCGGAAUACUCCACGCGCAACUCGUUCGUCGGCAUUGGAUUUGCGGAGCACGAGCGCGGGGCUCCCAGCCCGGGACUUGCUGCUCUCGCGAGGAUGAGUCCUGGGUGGGAAGGCGAUAUAAAUAUGGAGACGCUCAUGAAGCUCCGUCGUGGAGCUUGGGGUGGUAGCCAAGCCAGCAAUGUGGACAAAAGCAGUCCCCGUACAGGAAAUAGCCCAAUGAGCUCGAGUCCUGUUGCGGUGAAGAGUGGCGAAGGCGUCAGACCUCAGCAGACACCGCAGUGGAGCAGCCCUAUUAGUCGGCAGAUGAUGAUGCACGAGGAGGAAGACCCAGACGCGGAUGACGAAUAUGACGAAAAUAUGCUUGAAGAGGCUAAUUGCGACGAGGACGAGUACGAAGGCGACGAAGAGCAGUCAUGGCAGCAAAACGCCGGAGGCGAAAACACGAGCCCCGAAGACGAAACUCCACCUUCCGGAAGCCCCACGAUCCAGGCUGGGAUGUUGUCUACACAGCCGGCUCAACGCCCCUCAUCCCUCUCCCCUGUAAGGCUUGACCAAUGCUUUAACGUUUUCGGUGCCAAUGAUGAUGCCUCGCAGCGGCAAACUGGACAGCUCAGUCUUCAGAACGGGGGAGCAACCAUUUCCAUACCCGUCGCGACGGCCACGAGCUCGAACUCGCAACGCAGCUCAGGCUCCCUCGCUCUCACAAACUCUCCCAUCAGUCCUACCGUAGCUGAAAACAAGCGCGGGCAUACGCGCUCCGGUAGCGAUAGCGUUGCGUACGUACGCGAGAGAGACGAGGAAAACGGGGAGUUCCGGUGGGUGCUCGAACGGAGGCGAACGGGUGAGGAUGGCGGCGAGGUUCUCGUUGAAAGGACCACGGUCGAAGGGGGAAGAAUUUAGACUUCAAUCAUGUUGAAGUCUACGCAUAUCACCAGAGCUGAAGGUGGCACGUCGUUCAUGUCCUGUAUUACUGAAAAGAUUGGAUUUCUGAGAUACCUGCGCCGUCACGCACAAGACGAGACGCACCCAUUGUUUUUUUUUUUCUCUUUUUUGGUAAUGGAGCUGCACAGCACCCGAUUUCUGUAUUGCUCUUUUCUUUUCCCCUGGGGAGGCGUUGCUUCGGUUUUGGUGGUAGCAUUUGCAUUGUUUCGACUUUUGGAACGGCCAAAAAAAAGUUUUAAAGGAUUCUAGAGAUUUGCAAAACCUAUUGUAUCUACAUGUAUGCCUGCGUAGAGAUUAAUGUGAUAAAAAAAAGACCCCCCAUCAUCAAG